UCUUUUCUGUUUCCACAGGUCUGUUUGGGAGCCCCGCUGCUGAGCCAUGCUGGGCUCCCACAGGCCUGCCACAAGACCAGCCCAGGGAGACAGGAGGCCAUGAGUAGCCGCAGCCACAAUGGCAGUGUGGGGUGGCCUCUGGGCAGUGGGCCUGGAUUCCUGGGCUGGGAGCCUGUGGACCCCGAGGCAGACCGUCCCCUGCAGCUCGCCCAAGUCCCAGGCCUGCAGAUGGUGGCCAAGGUUCAGCCUGCCCGGCUGUCACCAGGUGGCUCCAGGGGCCACCCCCAGGAACAGGAAGAAGAAGAGGAAGAGGAGGCCAGGCCCGGCUCUGGGAAGCCUUCCACAGUCAGCCACCGCCUGGGCCACCGAAGGGCCCUCUUUGAGAAGCGUAAACGGCUCAGUGACUAUGCACUCAUCUUUGGCAUGUUUGGGAUUGUCGUCAUGGUGACAGAAACAGAGCUGUCCUGGGGUGUAUACACGAAGGAGUCACUGUACUCUUUUGCCCUGAAAUGCCUCAUCAGCCUGUCCACUGUCAUCUUGCUUGGCCUUGUUGUCCUCUACCACGCCCGUGAGAUCCAGCUGUUCCUGGUGGACAAUGGUGCAGAUGACUGGCGCAUCGCCAUGACGUGGGAGCGCAUGUCCCUGAUCUCGCUGGAGCUGGCCGUGUGUGCCAUCCACCCUGUGCCCGGCCACUACCGCUUCACGUGGACGGCACGGCUGGCCUUCUCACUGGCUCCGUCAGCGGCCGAGGCAGACCUGGACGUGCUUCUGUCCAUCCCCAUGUUCCUGCGCCUCUACCUGCUGGCUCGCGUGAUGCUCCUGCACAGCCGUAUCUUCACCGACGCAUCCAGCCGCAGCAUCGGGGCCCUCAACCGCGUGACCUUCAACACGCGCUUUGUCACCAAGACGCUCAUGACCAUCUGCCCCGGCACCGUCCUCUUGGUCUUCAGCAUCUCCUCCUGGAUAGUCGCUGCCUGGACAGUGCGUGUGUGCGAGAGGUACCAUGACAAGCAGGAAGUGACCAGCAACUUCCUGGGGGCCAUGUGGCUCAUCUCCAUCACCUUCUUGUCCAUCGGCUAUGGGGACAUGGUGCCGCACACCUACUGUGGGAAGGGCGUGUGUUUGCUCACUGGCAUUAUGGGAGCAGGCUGCACCGCGCUUGUGGUGGCCGUUGUGGCCAGGAAGUUGGAGCUCACCAAGGCGGAGAAACACGUGCACAACUUCAUGAUGGACACACAGCUCACCAAGCGGGUCAAAAACGCCGCUGCAAACGUUCUCAGGGAGACGUGGCUCAUCUACAAACACACCAGGCUAGUGAAGAAGCCAGACAAGGGCCGGGUACGGAAACACCAGCGUAAGUUCCUUCAGGCCAUCCAUCAGGCUCAGAAGCUCCGGAGUGUGAAGAUUGAACAAGGGAAGGUGAAUGAUCAGGCCAACACACUGGCUGACCUGGCCAAGGCACAGAGCGUUGCGUAUGAGGUGGUGUCAGAGCUGCAGGCCCAGCAGGAGGAGUUGGAGGCACGCCUGGCUGCCCUGGAGAGCCGCCUGGACGCCCUGGGUGCCUCCCUGCAGGCCCUGCCUGGUCUCAUCGCACAAGCCAUAUGCCCUCUGCCACCGCCCUGGCCCGGGCCUGGGCACCUGGCCCCAGUCACCCAGAUCCCAGGAGGCCACUGGCUGUCCACCAUGGGGUCAGACUGCAGGUGACGGCCUGCUGGUCACCAGACUGCUUAAUCUUGGCCAUCAUGUGGCCUCGGCUAGCUCCUCCACAUUCUGGACUGCCAGACCUCUGGAUUUACACGGCUGGGUGGAGUUGAGCCAAGAGGACUGAACUCAUUCUCCUGAGGCUGGACCGUGGGAUCAGUGCCCCUUGGCUGUCCCAAGCCCUCAGGGCAAGGGCUUGGGGCCCUCACCAUUUCUAAGUAAACCAGGAGUCACCGA